CAGCUGACGCCGGCGGUCCAGCCUCGCCUCGCGGCGCCGCGCUCUCUGCGCUCCCCCAAAGUGGCUGCAAGCCGGCCGCCCACUUUCAGGCUUUGGGGGACAGAGAAAGUGAUGUGCGCCUUCUGAAGCCACGCCGAGCCGCAGCCCUAGCAGCUUCACCUUUUCGACUUUCUCCUCCCGCCACCCCAAAGCCUUCUCUGGACCCCGCUCUCGACCCUCCCCAAAGCCACUUAGGGUGCGUGCGCUUGGGUGAGGGGGGUCACCAGCUGUCCGGGAUGGCUUCCAAUUUUAAUGAUAUAGUGAAGCAAGGGUACGUGAGGAUCCGCAGCAGACGCCUAGGGAUUUAUCAGCGAUGUUGGCUAGUGUUCAAGAAAGCUUCCAGCAAAGGUCCAAAAAGGCUGGAGAAAUUUUCCGAUGAACGGGCUGCAUAUUUUAGGUGCUAUCACAAGGUUACCGAACUCAACAACGUGAAGAACGUAGCUCGAUUGCCAAAAAGCACCAAGAAGCAUGCCAUAGGGAUUUAUUUCAGUGAUGACACCUCCAAGACCUUUGCAUGUGAAUCAGAUCUGGAGGCUGAUGAGUGGUGCAAAGUGCUCCAGACGGAGUGCGUAGGGACGCGGAUCAACGGCAUCAGCCUCGGAGAGCCUGACUUACUGGCCACUGGGGUUGAGAGAGAACAGAGUGAGAGAUUCAAUGUGUAUUUGAUGCCAUCUCCUAACUUAGAUGUACAUGGCGAAUGUGCCUUGCAGAUUACAUAUGAGCACAUCUGUCUUUGGGACGUCCAGAAUCCCAGAGUCAAACUCAUCUCUUGGCCGCUAAGCGCCCUGCGGCGGUAUGGACGAGAUGCUGCUUGGUUCACUUUUGAGGCAGGGAGGAUGUGUGAGACUGGUGAAGGGCUGUUUAUCUUUCAAACGCGAGAUGGGGAGGCCAUCUACCAGAAGGUCCACUCUGCUGCCUUGGCCAUCGCCGAGCAGCACGAGCGCCUGCUCCAGAGCGUGAAAAAUUCAAUGCUGCAGAUGAAGAUGAGUGAGCGGGCCGCCUCGCUGAGCACGAUGGUGCCCCUGCCUCGCAGCGCCUACUGGCAGCACAUCACGCGGCAGCACAGCACCGGGCAGCUGUACCGCCUGCAAGAUGUCACCAGCCCUCUGAAGCUUCAUCGGACAGAGACUUUUCCUGCCUACCCAUCUGAGCACUGACGACAGAAAUGCCAAGAAUCGCCAUGUGACCGGCUUGUGACGGGUCAGCCACAGACCCACCCGGAAGGUCAGAGGGUGACCCCGAGGGAGGCGAUGACGCCAGGAAGCUGCAAGUCCCUGCCAACUGCACGCUCCUGGGGAAACUCUGCAAUACUGUCUUUGUCUUUUUCUUGGUUCCUUUCUUUUUUUCUCCCACUUUCUUUAAAAAAAAAAAAAAAAUCUUAGCGUAAUUGAAACCUGCUCUAUCGAUGUGCACUUUUUGUUCCCUCUUUUACAGCUGGACAGUAAGGAGUCGAUGACACAAAAGGAUUUUCUAUCGUAGACACCGUGUCCCCUGCACCUCCUCUGAAUCUGUCCUCUUGCGGAUUCUUGUGAUUUUUCCUUCUGAGUGUUUCCAUUGUAUGAAUCAGUACUGAUGAUAAAAUGGCUCUUAAUUGUUAUUUGUUUAUACAGUAUUCCUCAGUUAUUAAUACUAUGGUUCUGCUUAACUCUUGGCAAUCAGACCUGAUUAUAAGUACCCAUUAGUUAAAUCAGUGCUUUGACUCACUCUUACCUAUUAUGUUAAGAAACCACUUUUCUGCUCACCCGUUAGUAUUCUUUACAGGGUUACAAUGUCUCUCUCAUGCCAUCCCCCGCCCCAACCCCUUCCCUUUUUUUAAAAGCCUUUAUUUUGUUUGGUGUACCUUCCUAAAAUAUUUUAAAAUAAAAGAGAUCAUUCUUCACCC